AUGUUUUCUGACUUAAUUGAUGACGAUGAUCUACUAUCUGAAUCGUUAAUGUUACCUACACCAAUUUUAAUAAAACCUAUGUUUAACAUUCAUAACAGUGGCAAUAAUAGUAAUGCGGCUCUAUUGAUGCAGCCUAAACUCGAAUCACAGCCGCUUCUAUUUGAUCAACAACAACAACAACAGCAGCAGCAACCGCCGCCGCUGCCGCCGCCACCACCACUACAAACAAAAAUGGUACCUAUUGUGUCACGUUACGAAUCAAAUCAACCGAAUACAAAUGCCUUUACAUGUUCAAAUUGUACACAACCGAUUCACGAACGUUACUUUCUUCGUACACAUGAUCGGUUUGCACGCGGAAGUUAUUGGCAUUUGCAAUGCUUACGCUGUCAAUGCUGUGAUGCUGCUUUAGCUGAUAUAUCCUCAACAUUUUAUACAAAAGAUAACGCACUUUUUUGCAAAUCUGAUUACAUAAAAAGAUAUGGUAGUCGUCCAUGUUCAUUAUGUAGUCAAGUGAUUGGAACAAAUGAACCAAUAAUGCGUGUUAGUCCAAAUUAUGUUUAUCAUCUAUCUUGUUUUAGCUGUGUUAAAUGUCAUAUACAUUUAGUUAAAGGUGAUCGUUACGUUCUUUUUAAUGGACAACCAUUUUGUGAAAAAGAUAAUCCAUUUAAAUCAACAACAAACAUUAAUAAUAGUCCCGCACCUAAACGUGGGAGUACCACAGGUAAACGCGGAGCAAAAGCAGGACGUGCGACAGCUGCAGCAACAGCCGCGGCCGCCGCAGCAGCCGUACAAGUACAACAAACAUUUGUUACACCUCCACAAUAUCAUCACACAGGACAUAUUUCACUUUUAAAUAAUCCUCACACUUCAAGUACAAUAACACAUUCGCUGCUCAGUAGUAAUAAUAAUAAUAUGAACAAUAAUAACUGUUUAUCAUCAACUGCAACACCCACUGGUGAUGAUUUGUAUUAG